AUGACACCACAUCCUGGAGGAGGAGGUAGAGGAGUGGUAAUGGAUCAGUAUACUUCGGAUAUAAUGCUUAACACCACUAAUAAUAAUCCAUCUUUAUCGAGUGGAAUAAAGAAGGAGAGAAUUGUGUCUAUGAAUAAACAACAGCACCACCAACAACAACCGCCUUCUACGCCAAUUUAUCCUAUUUACUCAGGGCAUACUGGAUUCCCAGUUGUAUCCAGUAAUGCUGUUUCAUCGCAUUUUCAAUUGUCAUUGACAUCGUCACCGUCGACUGGUGUCAGCUGUUUUACAACUAAUAAUAAUUCCAUUCUAGUAAAACCAGAUUAUCAGCAUAAUUACUCAGGUAAUUGUAAUCAAUCAUCUAUACUUCCGUGUGCUGAAAUUAGUCUACCAUUUCAACACAAUCUUCUUGAUAAUAAUAAUAAUAAUAAUAACUCUGGAGUAUCUCUUGCACAACUGCUGGCAAUUGGUGGCGGUAGUAGUGGGGUUGGUUCUAUUGUUCAACCGUCUUGUUCAAAUAUUCCAUGUGAUUUUAUGCCGGCGGCUAGCAGCAGUAGUAGUUGUAUUCUUUCAAAUGUGAAUCAGUCUAAUCAUUUUCCUACUCCUGCUAUAGCUACUCCCUCUAUCGCUAGAGCAGGAGCAGCACUCGCCGCCGAUGGCUCUACGAAUACAUCGAAUCUUUAUGCUAACCAAUUGAACACUAUUGGUAGGAAUAAUAAUAAUAAUAAUAAUAAUGCGAUUGGUGUUGGUGUGGGGAAACACCAUCAAACAUUAUCUCAGCAACAGCAGCAGGAUAUCUCACCUCCAAGAUUAUUAGCCCUACCAAAUAGUAAUAAUAAUUAUUAUAUGCCACACAUUUCAUCGACACUAGUGGAGGCAGCAGUCUAUCAACAUCUUCCUAAUCUUCAAAAGGAUUCAUUGUAUACUAAUCAUAAUAGUAAUAAUAAUUAUUUCUAUAAUCCUUAUCAUGAUGAUGAUGAUGGUGAUGACAAUCAUUCAUCAGUUGGUGGUGUUGGUACGAGUGGUAUACAACCGGCAUCAUUAGUAGUUGAUUGGUCAAGAAAUGAUUUAGUGAGUGGGAAAGUUGGUGGACAUUUUACACCGAUACCAUAUCAUCCAAUGCCUACUUAA